AUGGAGGGCACGAGCGACAGCAAGAAGAGGAAGAUUUGCUGCGGGGAGGAUGACGAAGAAGAAGAUGAUGAAAUCAAAAUGGAGAAAUUCUUCGCUCUGGUCAGAAGCAUUCGAGAGAGCCGCGAACGGCUGAUCAAGUUUGGGUCAGAUGCGUACGGGGAGACAGAAAAUGGGAGCGGCAAGGCACAGAAUAGAGUGGGAGUUUGGAAGCCGCAGUUUCAAAUUGAAGAUUUCAUGGAAGUAGAUCCUCAUCAGGAUCGGAGCCAAAAGCAUGCUCCUCUGAACUCCUCUCUACCAGAUCAUGCUUCUCCUGAUAAGAAGAAAGUAGCGGAUGAGGAGAGGGAAGCAGAAAAGGGCAUGAAUCUCAGCCUCUCGCUUUGA